AUGGCCGUUCCACUAUCCGCAACCUGUGGACCCGCUUGACCUCCUGUGUUUCAUCAACGUUACCAAUCAUCAUUAACUCAGUGUUAUCAAGACAUACUUAACAGUGAAAUUAAAUUAAAAAAACGUGAAUUAUCUCAAUUGCAUCGUUACUCUCAUCGUUUAAAAUGUGAUUUAACAACUCAUAUUGAUCAUUUAACAUUUGUCCGCUUAACUUCUAUCAUCGAAUCCUUCGUUAUACGUUCACAAACUACCUGGAGUCUUUCUCAUGAAAACAAAUUAAUUAAAUUUCGUCAUCAGCAACAUCCUCCACCAGUUCAUAUUCCUUCAUGUGAUUAUCGGAAACAAGCAGUUCGGAAUUUCUCCAAACUUCAAUUAACCAACGACGAAAUAUUAGCACUUUCAAAUGGAUUAGACUUUGUUUUUCCAUCUGCCAAAUUGUUAAAAUUUUCCACUAAAAUUCGACGUGCUGCGCACGACUUUAGACACAAAUCUCGGAUUACUCCGAAGAAAACAAAUACCAAUGGAUUUAAACAUUCAGAAAUAUUAAAGACAUUAGCGAAAGACAAAUCUAUUAUCAUCAUUAAAGCUGAUAAAGGGCGAUCAGUUGUUGUACUUGAUCGUGAAGAUUAUUUGAAUAAGAUGGAAAUCUUGAUUAGUGAUCACACAACAUUCAAACCAAUCGAGAAUGACCCAACGAUUACUGAAGAAAACCGUUUAAUACGUAAACUUCGCCAAUUGAAAGAACGUGGCUUUAUUAGUGAAAGUGAAUAUAACUUUUGUUAUCCAUGUGAAUCUCAACCUACACGUCUUUAUGGACUCCCCAAGGUCCAUAAGGACGGUGUGCCAUUAAGACCGAUCCUUUCCGCAUCUGGCACCUUCAACUUUGGCAUUGCCCAAUUGUUAGCGCGCAAACUCUCUCAUCUUGCCAAACACUCUACAGUCAUCGAAGAUACGUUUAAAUUUUUGGAUGAGUUACACUCCCUGAAAAUCAACAUGAAUGAUCAUAAAUUAGUAUCAUUUGACGUCACCAGUCUAUUCACAAUGGUACCAUUACAACAAACGAUUGACAUUAUAUUAGAUGAAUUGUAUGGUGGAAAGUGUAACUGUUCUAAUGUUGUCCACAAUAAAGAAGACGUCACGAAAAUGAAGAAUGAAGGACACAAGAAGAAAAAUUUGAAACCGAAUAAAAACAAUUAUAAUACUUGUGUUGCUUGUUUAGAUCGUGCUGACAUGAAAUGGCUGUUAGAAACUGCCACGUCACGCACUCAUUUUCAUUUUAACCAUAAAAUUUAUAGACAGAUCAACGGAGUCUCGAUGGGAUCACCACUUGGUCCGCUCUUAGCCAAUAUUUACAUGGUCCAUCUUGAAAAGAACCUAAUGGAAGAAUUACAACAUCAUGGAGUAGUUUAUUGGAAGAGGUAUGUCGAUGACACAAUAACAAUUGUCAAAGUUGACAGUGACAUCAACAAAAUUACUUCUAUCUUGAAUUCCUUCCAUCCUUCUAUUCAAUUUACCAUUGAACCAGAAACUGACCAAUCACUUCCAUUUCUUGAUAUUCUUAUUCAUCGUCGUUCUACUCCAAAUCACUCGUGGUUCACUACUUCUAUCUAUCGAAAACCGACAUUUACCGGGCUUAUUUUAAAAUGGAAUUCAUUUGUACCUUUGUAUUAUAAACGUGGUGCAAUAACAAGUAUGGUUUACCGAGCCAUUAGAAUAUCGUCGGAUUACACUUUACUUCACAAAGAAUUGAUUUUCAUACGUCAAAUUGCCAUUUCAAAUGGUUAUCCAUUACCAUUCGUUCUCCAUAUUAUCCGAACAACACUCGACCGAUAUUUUGAAUCGAAUUCCAAUUACAAAUUAAAACCAUCAAAAGUUCAACAAACGUCAAUCGAUCCCAAAAAAACUAAACAAACAAUUCUAGUCGAUGUCCCGUUUGUUGGUAGACCGAGUGUUGCUUUUGGAAAAAAGCUCAUAAACAUUGCCAAACAAAUCGAACCAUCGUUCCAUAUACAACCAAUACUGCGACCGCCUCCCAGCAUUCAAAGUUGUUUUCCUCGUAAGGAUCCCAUUCCGAAGGCUUUAUUAUCCAACGUGGUAUACAACAUCGAAUGUAAUGAUUGUCCAGCUAGUUAUAUCGGAAAAACAUCUCGACAGGUGUCCAGACGAUUUGUCGAACAUGGUUUACCCACUUUGAAUGAAGUGUCAAGUUCACAUACAUCUGAAUCACCUGAUUCAAUAACUGAUAAAACACUUGUGCCUUCUACAGUUGGUUCAACAUUACGUCGAUCGAAACGAAAGAAACUAGUUUUGAACUACACGACAUUCGAAAGAUCGUCUGAAAAGAUCACUGAUCAUCAAUCUAAUAUCUCAACAAAAUCCAUCAAAUCUACUAUUCAUGAUCAUAUGAUAGAGACCGGACAUACGAUAAAUCAUGACAAUUGGAAACUAUUGAGCAAGGAUCGCAGGUAUUAUCAAUUACUGGUACGUGAAUCGAUCCACAUCGCAACUCGACAACCUUCUUUGAACAGAACUAUUUGCUCAGUACCUCUUGUUAUUUAUCCAGAUAUAUCUUCUAUCAUUCUCCCUAGAUGCAAAAUGAAACCAGGAGUGACAUAG